GACCAGGGACGCGCGCGUUUCAAAACAAGUGUUCCCUCGUAGGUGAUGAAGGAACUACUUGGUGAAGGAACCUGGUGUACGCUUUCAUAGGAGGAGAACCUUGUGACGCAGCGCCCUGAAUCCCUGCCUCACCACACGCCCUGCUGUCAUGUUCGUCCAGAAAUUUGAGGGAAGAGGAAAGUGGUGACACGCUGUAGAAGUAAAUGUGUCCCUCCCUUUUGCCAUACCAAUACGCCCCUACAACGACCCCGUCUCCCUGCGCCCCUACAACGACCCCCUCUCUCCACGCUCCUACAACGACCCCCUCACCCUACGCUCCUACAACGACCCUAUCUCCCCACGCCCUUACUGCACUCUAUCCUUCUCCCUUUAAGGACGAGAAGGAGGACUGAGGAUUUGCAAAAUCAUCAGGAUAUCAAGAGGUCAGCAACAUGGUGGUGUCAGGGAAGAAAAAGACGGAGAAGUCCUCGCUCCUGCCAGGGUGGAAGCCAGGGAGCACUACACCCACCGCUCCCCCCAUCACUACCUACGGCGGCAGAUCACUCAGUCCAGAGGGAAGUGACUCGCCCUCAGAAUCAUCUCUUGAACGUAGCGGCCAGCACGGGAGGGCGGAGAAUGGCCUUGGAGUCCUUCUUGCAUCCUUCUUCUUGGUGGCACAAGUUGCAGGACUCGGUGUGUUGGCGCUCCCUUGGGCCAUUGCUCAGACAGGAUGGGCGGGGGUGGGCGUGUUGGCUGUGUCCUGUAUAAUAGUAGCAUACGCUGCCUGCCGCCUGGGAGUGUGUUGGGUGAUCCUGGAGGAACGCUGGCCCGAAUAUCAAAGGGCGUGUCGUAAGCCCUACCCUGCCAUGGCGUUCAGAACUCUCGGGAUGUUUGGCUGGUACUUGGUGAACGUGAUCCAGUGUGUCACGUUGUUUGGUGUGUCUACGGUAACCAUCCUCCUGUCUGCUGAACUGGUGGAGUCCGUGUUACAGCCCCUCGUCCCGUCCCUCACCGUCUGUACUUGGGUCGUCGCCGUUGGGUGCGUCCUUGUUCCACUCUCCUGGCUGGGCAGCCCCAAAGAGUUCUGGCACGUGUCGGUGUUGGCUCUGGUCGCUACGGUUGCGGCGGUGUUGGUGGUGGUGGCGAAGGUGUUGUUGGAGACACCAGAGUACAAACCAACCCAUGCUACCCCGACCUUCUCCUCCUUCUUCCUGGGAUUCGGUACCAUUAUGUUCUCUUACGGUGGAGCGAUCACCUUCCCUACCAUCCAGAACGAUAUGGCUGAUAGAUCCAAGUUCCCUUAUGCAGUGGUUAUUGCUUUUGCCACGUUGAUAGUGAUGUAUGUGCCCCUGGCGGUUCUGGGCUACAUGGAGUUCGGUAACCAAGUAGACGUGAACGUCCUGUUGUCAGUACAUGGGCCAGCAGUCACUGUGGUUCGGGUGUUGAUGCUCCUCAACAACGCCUUCACCUACAUCAUCGUAGUGAACCCGCUCUCUCAGAACCUGGAGGAGGGCCUUAGUCUGCCCAACGCGUUCGGGUGGCAGCGGUGUGUCCUCAGGACCACCAUCGUCAUCAUGGGGAUCAUCAUCAGCCUGGCAGUGAGGAACUUCGGCAGGAUACUCAACCUGAUUGGUAGCUUCACCGUACCUAUCCUCACCUUCGUCCUGCCGCCUAUUUUCUACAUGCGUCUCUGCGACUCGGGAGAACAGGAGGGAUGGCAGAAGAGACACAUCAGUGGGGUGGAGAGGUUUCUUCUGUGGCUGGUGGUGGUGGUGGGCUCCUUGAGUGGCCUGGCCGCUACCUGGAGUGCCCUUGAGGCUCUGCUGUCCCCUGGGGAGAUUACAGACUCCUGCUUCACCUUCUUCUGAGACUAUGGAGAGACACUUACAAGCUUCAUGAGGCUUCCAUUUUAGUUGGUUCCUGAGUCAGAUGGUGAUAAUACUGCCUCAUUUGUGUGAGUUAGAGAUUACUACUUCACGGGUAUGUGCGAGAGUCGAGUGGGUUCAUUGUUCCUUGAGAAAGUAGCAUUUGUUUCACUAAUGCGAAAAUGAAAUGAAGUAUUUUUCUUUGUUUCUUGGGACAAUAGCGGCUGUCUCAUUCAUGUUUCGUGAGACAGUGUUAAUGGCUUCAAUGCUUCAUCUCCCCAAGUUCAUUCUACAUAAUAGAGGUAACGCGGAGGAUGAGAGACAGUUAAUUAAGAGGAGUUGAAAAUGGAAGAAAGGAGGAUUCGAGCUUUAUGCUCAACUUGUUCCUUGUAACUGAAGAAAUAAAAAGUAACUAUAAGGUUCACUUUAGCUACGUCACAAAAAUAACAGCCAAACCCUUAUUAGAAUUACACAAAUUAUUUAUGGGUCAUAUUAAAGGUUUUUAGUUUAUAUGAUACUCAUAUUGAAACAUGAAUAUAUAUAUAUAUAUAUCUACCAAUUUGAUAUAUUCUUACAUCUUUACUCAUAAAUUACGUUUCUCUUACGAACUUUUUUAACCGGUUCCUGAAAUUUAUGAAUCUUGAAAACUAUUUAAGAUAUAAGCUAUGUAACCAUUUGAUGACGGUGGUUUAACCACUUGACGAUAAUGGUUUAAUCCUUUGAUGGCGAUGGUUUAACACUUCAGGAUCCAAAGGGUUAAAGGGAAUUUUCUUAGAAGUCUCUCACACAAUAUUAAUACGUACACAAGUGAUGUGAGACAAUAUCAACACAAAACACAACUAUUUCUCGGCAUUGGGAGAGACAGAAAAACACAUUUAUUUACAAUUGUACUUUAAAUCAUCACUUCCUGUAUAUGUAAAUCAUACUGUUUUACAUAGUAAAUUAUUUAUACCUGUAUUUUAAGUAAUAUCUAGUUGAUGCUAUAUAGGAAAAAGUUUUAUAGUGGCAGUAUAAUGUAUAUUUAUAUAUAAGGUGAUUCAGCAAAGAGUACAUUAAAUUGGAGGAUGAAAUCAUUGGAUAACUCCAAACCACAAUGUAUCUAUGGAAAAAUGUCAGAUUCUGCAUAUGUCCACGUGUUCGUGACAGGUGCGAGUAAAUUAAACAUAGUCCAGUCAUUCUGGAACGCGUCAGACAAUCAAUGGUACGACGUGUGCAGGCCUGCAUUGAGGCAGAAGGGGGCAACUUUGAACAUUUCCUUUAGGUUGUAACAAAGAGGGGUCACACUGUACAGAUCUGUGAAAAAAUUAUUACAAAAACCUAUGGGGGUUCCACUUCAAAUUCACUCUCAUUAAUACAACAACUUAAAUGUAUUGUAACAGGGAAACUAUGCAGAAUCUGACAUUUUACCAAAGAGAUAUUGUGGUUUAGAAUUAUCCAAUGAUUUCAUCCUCCAAUUUAAUGUACUCUUUGCUGACUCACCCUGUAGAGGGUUUAUAACGACUCAGUUCAUAUAAAACGCACAUGAUUUAGUGUUGAUUUACUCCUUGUAUAUACUGUCAGACUGUUGCUGGUAUGUAUACUGUCAGACUGUUGAUGGUAUGUAUAUUGGCAGUCUGUAGCUGGUAUGUAUACUGUCAGACUGUUGAUUGUAUGUAUACUGUCAGACUGUAGCUGGUAAGUAUACUGUCAGACUGUUGAUGGUAUGUAUACUGUCAAACUUUUUGCUGGUAUAUUUAGUGUCACUGUUGCCGGUAUGUAUAUUGGCAGUCUGUAGCUGGUAUGUAUAUUGUCAGACUGUUGCUGUCAGUCUGUAGCUGGUAUAUAUAUUGUCAGACUUGCUGGUAUGUAAAAUACAAGAAUGAACGCAAAAAAUAUUUCAACAGUGUUGACGCCAAAUUGUUACUUACAAACAUAUAAUGCUGUAAGUUACGACUAUCAAGAAGUCUAAUAAAGAAAUAUAUGUCACGGUGUUGUGUAAGGAAAAAGUUAUUUGCACGUUAUUAUUUUUAUCAUAUUGACCUUGUAGGAGUGAUAGUUUAAGGUAAAUUAAGCGUUAGACUGAAAGUGUACCGAAACUGUGUAGGAUGCAGCUGCCAUGUCGGAGGAAAGAACAAACCAUCGCCGUAGAAACUUACACAGACGCGCAUAAUAUUUUUUUAACCUUGAAGAAGACAUUAAACGCCACUAAUAGAUUAUGUAAUUCAAUGAUCAGAAAAUAACAAUAUUAUACCAAAUAGAGAGUUCUCAAAAGAUUAUUUUUGUUUUUGUUUUUAUUAAAUUAUCGUUCGUAUCCAGCAGCGUUGUUUUACGAUGCUAAGGGGUACUGUGAAAACCUUCAUUAGCCGGAACCUGGAUAAUUGGGUUAUCUGUUAAAGCAAUUCUAGUCUCAAUCUGUCUAGGUUAAGAAUGACUGAUUAUUAACCUUCAAGACGAGGUACAAGACUGGGUGGUACUUCUUCCAGUAUGUUUGGCUACGUUUAGUCACCCUGUCCACUUUUUGACCUGACUUUUAUCAGCUUUCUUUUCGCUUCAGAGUAAUGUUUUUAACUCAAGGCUAACUCAUUUUUUUAAACCGCCGGGAACAGUCUUAUGUAAAACUUAAUGGAACCUCAUCAUUGUAUUGAGGAAAAAUGUCAGCAUUACGAUUCUGAGACAUUAACCAACUUUCAAAGUUCAUCAGCAGUGUACAUUGUUAUACUUCAGUGUUCAAGCUGCUGUUAUAGUUCAGCGUACACGAGAUGAGUUAUAGAUUAGUGUAUAACAAAUGUUUUAUAAUUCACUGUACAAAGCAUGUUUAUCAAUGAUGUUCCCUAUUACAAUAUACACGCAAUAUGCAGUAUUUUAAAGUGAACAAGAUCUAUCACGUUAAACUGUACAUGACAUAUAUAAGAGUGUACGGGAAGUGUACUAAACCACAAAAGUACAGCAGUGUACAUUUUAUGUCCUAGACUAGAUGUACAGAGAAUGUCACGUAACGGGAGUUGUACAGUACGAGGCCUGUACGUACAACAGAUGUAUUAUAUUAUAUGUACAGUAGAUUUUUUUAGCUAUAUUAUACCUGAGAAAUGUUAGAAUAAAGAAGAGAAGUAA